CCUCGCCUUCCUGCCCCUGCCCAAUCAGCUGAGCAGACUCACCUGACCGGGCGCUGCGGCAGCAGGAGUGGGCGAACCGUAGGGGUACCAGCAGACUGUCAGUGCAGUCCUCUUCUAAAGUCAGUAUGGGAUGCUGAGCGAGAGGAGCAAUUUCACAAGUUGAAAAGGUUGAACAGCUCAGAGUGAUCUUCCCAGGAACUGAGGUGUUUUCUCAAGGCCCCGACGAUGCCGUCUAAUAAGUCUGUCUCGGAUGCGCCAAUCUUCCAGUUCACUAACUGCAGGAUUCUGAGGAGUCACCAGCUGCAAAGGGAGGAUCUGUGGGUGCGAGAGGGGAAGAUCCUCAACCCAGAAAAGCUGUUCUUUGAUGAGAAGGGAUCUGCUGAUAUUCAGUUGGAUUGUAAGGACAGCAUCAUCGCCCCCGGAUUCAUUGAUGUGCAGAUUAAUGGGGGCUUUGGGGUGGAUUUCUCCUUGGCUGCGGAUGACGUCCAAUCAGGGAUCUCUCUGGUGAGUCAGAAGAUUCUCUCCCAUGGUGUGACCUCCUUCUGCCCAACCCUGGUGACCUCCCCGCCAUCCGUCUAUCACAAGGUUCUUCCUCAGAUCAGCAUAAGAAAUGGAGGGCCUCAUGGAGCUGGUAUCCUGGGGGCCCAUCUGGAGGGGCCUUUCAUAAGCAAAGAGAAGAAAGGGGCGCACCCAGAACACUACCUCAGCACCUUUGAAUCGGGAGCUUUCCAGGACCUGCUUGCCACCUACAGGCACCUGGACUGCGUCCGGAUCGUUACCCUGGCCCCUGAGAUGAAGAGGAGCAGUGAGGUGAUCCAGGAACUCACCAGACGGGGCAUCUGUGUCUCGCUGGGACAUUCUGUGGCUAAUCUGUCUCAGGCAGAGGAAGCUGUCCGACAUGGUGCUACUUUUAUCACCCAUCUCUUCAAUGCAAUGUUACCUUUCCACCAUCGUGACCCUGGGAUUGUGGGGCUGCUGACGAGUGACCAGAUUCCUGCCAGGCGGAGGGUGUUCUAUGGCAUGAUAUCAGAUGGGAUCCACACCAACCCUGCAGCUCUGAGAAUUGCGCAUCGAGCACACCCCAAAGGCCUGGUGCUGGUGACAGACGCCAUUGCUGGAAUGGGGCUGGCCCCAGGGAGGCACACCCUGGGCCAGCAGGUGAUCGAGGUGGACGGGCUGAACACAUACAUUGCAGGGACGAAGACCCUGAGUGGCAGCGUAGCAACCAUGGACUCCUGUGUUCGGCACUUCCUGGAAGCCACAGGAUGCACUGUGGAAAUGGCCCUGGAGGCAGCAUCCCUCCAUCCUGCCCAGCUCCUGGGAAUUGAGCACCGAAAGGGGACCCUGAACUAUGACACCGAUGCAGAUUUCCUGCUGCUGGACAACAGCUUACAGGUGCGAGCCACGUACAUCGCAGGUGAACGGGUCUGGAGUCAGGACACCUUCACUAUAUGAAACCAGAGACUCACCUGGGACUGGCAGCACUCCCCCCAACCCUGGUGCCAACUACCAGCUCCCCCAAGCGCCAUGCUCAGUGGUCGCUGGCAGCCGCAUUGUCCUCUCCCUCUCAAAGAAUGCUUUUGUAAGACCUUGGUGUUUCUUCCUCCUGGGUCACCCUUGAAAGUACCAAAGAACUGCAUGUUCCAGAGCAGCCCUUGCUUUGUUGCCAGCCCUGCCUGCAAUGAGUUUGUCAGCUGUCUGCUAGACAAGAGGUAAAAGAGUGGGUGGAGCUCUGCUGCUGGGAUCACUCUACGAUGGAGCCACCUGAAGGACAAGGUGCCUGUCUGUCUCUGUUCUCUCUCUUGAGCACUGGAUUUGAGCCCUGCUGUAGAGGAAAGGGAAGCUACUCCAUGCGCUGUUCUGUUUCGAUAUGUGCCCACAUUGGCCUAUGUGCAUAUCACAGCACACACACAACACUAACUUCACUUCCCAGAAUAGGCCUCUGGCUGUGCCCUUUGUCUCUCACCAUCGGGCCUAUUAAUGCCAGUGUGUUGACUUCCCAAUGUUCAUCUGCCCAUUUUCUAGAGAAAUCCCAGUGGCCUUGAAGCAGCUCUGCUGACAGCCUGCAAUCUGGCUGGGAGCCUGGGGAGGGGGCGAUGUCUCUACCUGGCACUGUCAGCCAAGGGCCGUGAGUUCAUGUCACACCUUUGAUCUCCUGUACCCCGAAGCAGAGUACUCACCACCUCGCUCAGGCCGUGGGCAGCCCUAGUGCCUUGUGUUGCUCCCUGGGAUGAGACCCUCACCACCAAUUUUCCUCCUGGGCUGAAUCCUCAGGGCUGUGUACAAACCCAUGAAAAGCAGGAGCUGCUGGUUCCUUGUGCUGUCUUGCUGUGUGGGCAGUGAUUUUGUCUGCUGGGUGCAUGGACUUCAUUCUGCAGCAGAAAGCAGUGUUGUUCUUGAACUGUAUACACAUGCAAAGUGGGUCUUACAGGCUCUAGUAUAUAUUCCCAUCUGUAUUAAACUAAUAUGAUUGGAAAGCUUCCCGAGGAUGCUACACAGCUUGCUGGUCUGUUAGUUUCUUUGCAUCAGUGAUGAGGUGAGAUACUUUUGCUGUAGGGAAUGUAUCCAAAAUGGCAGUGAUGUAACUGGACACCAUUCCAUCUUGAGGUGCGGGGUUCUCUCAGGGUUUAUGUCCUCACUAGAAGCUCUGGAUGGUUAGAUGAUUGUUUAUCUGCUCAUUCUCAUAAUUAUCUUCACUUGAUGUGUCAGUUAGCUUUCGGACUCUACAGAAGGCUGAGAGAGUUUCCAUUCUAAUCCUGAUCUUGAUUCUGGACUUGCCAACAAGAAAAUGUAUCUGAAAUGCCCCCUCAUAGGUAGCGGAGACAGUGUCUGAGAUACUUUAGGUCAAUCAGACAAUGAUAGGACUUAAACUGUGGUGAAGCUUAGCAAGUUUGGCGUUCAUAAAGAAACCUUAAAUCUGGUAGGUUUCAGUUAGGUUUGUUCUUCCUUGCAAUACCUUUUUAUAAGUUCACUGGAAACAACAUCUGAAUGAGCCCCCAUUGUAGUUGUAACCCCUGCUGGCAUCACUGGUCUCCUCUGAGAAUUUCUAACAUCUGCUGCCUAGAUGAGCAGAUACUCUGCCCUCCCAGACUGCAACAUUUGAAGGAGAUAUCAAAUGUUGUGCUAGCAUGUGCAGCACUCUGGGGUUCCACAUCUCACCAAUGGCACUUCUGACGGCCAUGGAGCCUCUGUAUAAAAAUGGAGGAAAUUUCAGGACAAAAAAAGUUUGAUAGACCCUAAUUUUGAGAAUGUUUUACUUAUUUUUUUUGUAAUUGAAUAAAUGUUAUAGAUUUAAGUGCUCAAAA